AUGCGUGAGGGAAUCGGAUUUGGUGUUGUACUGAUACGCGAAGGCGCUGAAGCGCGCCUGGAGAAUGACGCACAACAGCCGGAUGUCUUUCAUAUCGGUACCGAAGCGGAGAUCGUCGAUUUCAAUCAGGCUGAUAACGGACUGUUGGGCAUUGUGACCCGUGGGCGAAGAAAGUUCAUGGUGCUUGAAAGCUAUGAAACUGCGGACCACCUUUUAAUAGGCCGUGUGGAUUUUCUUGCCGAAGAAGCCCCUGGAGAGUUAUUGCCCGAACACGACGCACUGGUGAGCGUGCUCAAAGAGCUGACCCAACAUCCACUGGUGCAGAAACUGAAUAUUGAAGUUGAUUUUGCAGAAGCACGAUCGGUCAGCUUGCGUCUUGCUGAACUGCUGCCGAUUGAGCCGGAGAUCAAGCAGGCUUUGCUGCAAUUGCGAUGGCCACGUGAGGCUGAAUUGGUUCUUGCUACCUGUUUGGUACCUCUUUGGUACCUCUUUGGUACCUUAUUGGCACUGGGUAUGCGUAGCGUGCCUGCGUAUAAUGGGUCCAUGUCAGAAACUCUCAAACAGUAUGUCAAUGAACUCGGGGUUGCCGCUCGCGCUGCGUCCCGGGUACUGGCCGCUGCAACGACAAAAACCAAAUCCGCGGCGCUGCAGGCGAUUGCCACGGCGACGGAUAAGGCGCGUGCAGAAAUAAAGCAGGCCAAUGCGCUGGAUAUGGCUGCGGCUCAGCAAAAUGGUAUCGAUCAACCCCUGAUUGAUCGUCUGCUGCUCGACGAUACCGGCAUUGAUCGCAUGAUCGAGGGUAUUCUGCAGGUAGAUGCGUUGGCAGAUCCUGUUGGCGAGGUAAGCGACCUGCGCUACCAACCUUCGGGUAUUCAGGUAGGUAAAAUGCGCGUGCCCCUGGGUGUGAUUGCCAUGAUCUACGAGUCGCGGCCUAACGUUACCGUGGAUGCGGCCAGCUUAUCGAUCAAAUCCGGCAAUGCCUGUAUUUUGCGUGGUGGUUCCGAGGCCUUUGCAUCGAACCAGGCGAUUGGAAAAUGUGUGAGCCAGGGUCUGGCGCAAGCGGGUUUGCCGGUAACCGCCGUACAGUUGCUGAACACAACUGAUCGUGAUGCAGUGGGAGAGCUGCUGACGCUGGAUGAGUAUGUUGAUGUCAUCGUGCCACGUGGCGGGAAGGGUUUGAUUGAGCGCAUCAUGCGCAACUCAAGUAUUCCGAUCAUCAAGCACCUCGAUGGCGUUUGUCAUGUCUACAUCGACGCCGAAGCAAAUAUCGACAUGGCCGCGGAUAUUGCCUUCAAUUCGAAAGUAGAAAAGUUUGCGGUCUGCAAUGCGCUUGAGACCCUCCUGGUACAUGAACAGGCAGCGCCUCUGGUAUUGCCUGAGUUGUGCCAACGUUUUCAGGUCGCCGGUGUUGAAGUGCGAGGCUGUGAGCGGACGUUAGAGGUUGUCGGGCAUGUGAAGCCGGCAGUGGAGGCCGACUGGUACGAGGAAUACCUGGGCCCUGUGCUUGCCGUGCGGGUGGUAGAUGGUCUUGAUCAGGCCAUUGCGCACAUCAACCAAUAUGGGUCCCAGCACACUGAUGCCAUUGUCACAACCGAUUACGCUCAUUUCAAGCUGGUGUUAGUCGGUCUUUACGGCGGUACUUUUGACCCCAUCCACACAGGAUUGGUUGCGGAUGACAGUGAACUUCGACGCAGUGGGCUGUCUUAUACAAUCGAUACGUUGGUGGCGUGGACACACGCCCAUCCUGGCGUCUUGCCGUGUUGGAUCAUGGGCCAGGAUGCGUUUGCCACGCUGCCCAUCUGGCAUCGCUGGUUAGAGCUGAUGCAGUGGUGCAACAUCAUUGUCCUGCGCCGACCGGGUGAUGAGCGCGUGGAACCUGCGGAAGUAGCGCAAUUAUGUCGGCGCCACGAAGUCGACGUCAUGGAUGACCAGAAAAUCGGGCAGAUCUACCGUGUGCAUCGACCUAUGCUGGAAGUGUCAGCAACCGAUGUGCGAGACAGAUUGAAAAAAGGCUCACCACCUUUACGAAUAUUCGGAGAAGGCUAUUUGACCGCAACAAAACUGCGUGAUCAUAUUGUAGAAGCCCUGGAAGAGGGCAAAGGACAAGACAUUCAGGCGUUAGACGUCUCCAACCUCACCCCCAUUACGGAUUUUAUGGUGCUGGUCACCGGCACCUCAAACCGUCACGUUAAAUCUCUCGUCGAUCAGGUUAUCGAGGCUGCGAAAGGCUUUGGUGGCAGGGUGCGCGGCGUGGAAGGGCGCGAAAGUAAUGAGUGGGUGCUGGUGGAUCUGGGUGAUGUCAUUGUCCAUGCCAUGCAGAAAGAGGCCCGCGAGUUUUACGACCUGGAGCGACUCUGGGCGGAAAUGUUCAAGCUGUUGGAAGGCGAGAAAAUGCUGGCUUGCCUGGCCUCUGAUGACUGGGUGGUGGCGCUGGAAGAAGGCGGGCGUGCGGUCACCAGUCCGCAACUUGCUGAAAAGCUCUCUGCAUGGCAGAUGAACGGCCAGAAUGUGGUAUUUCUGGUGGGUGGCUCAGAUGGUUUGGCAGAUAUCGCACUGGAGAAGCAGUUAUUUGCGUCGCGUGCGCUUGCGCUGUUCGUGAUUAUUCUGCUCAUGGCUGCUCUGCUGAUCCUGCGCUUUGUACAGCUGCAGAUCUGGGAGCAUGAGACCUAUCAGACCCGCUCUGAUCAGAAUCGCAUUCAAAUUCAGCCUCUGCCCCCACCGCGAGGUCUCAUUUUUGACCGCAACGGUGAAUUGCUUGCCGAUAAUCGAGAUAGAUCCAGUUUGUCGUUGGUUACCGAGCGAAUCGAUAAUCUGGCCGCUACCCUUGAGCGCCUGGGCCGUCUGGUGAGCGUCACGCCAGCAGAUAUCUCUGAAUUUGAGAAUCGUCUGCGCCGUAAACGGCGACCAUUUGAGCCGGUAGCUUUGCGGCAAGCUUUAGACGAAGACGAAAUAGCCUUGCUGGCGGUUAAUCGGCAUCAGUUUUCCGGUGUUGAAGUCACUACAGAGCUCAUCCGAAAUUACCCCUAUGGUGAAUUGUUUGCUCAUGCGGUGGGCUCUGUGCGUCGAAUUACCGAGAGUGAUUUGAACACACUCGACCCGGUGACUUACAGUGCAACCAAGUUUGUUGGCAAGCGCGGCGUUGAGAAAUUUUAUGAGCGAUCGCUGCAUGGCGAAGUGGGAUAUCAGCAGGUUGAAACGGACGCGCAUGGACGAAUCCGUCAGGUGCUGGAUAUCAGUCCUCCAGUUGCCGGUCAGAAUAUAAGCCUGCAGCUGGACAGUCGGUUGCAGAUUGCGGCGACCGCAGCCCUGGGAGAUCGUCGCGGUGCUGUAGUCGCGAUGGACCCUCGCUCGGGGGGCUUGCUGGCUCUGGUGAGUCAUCCGGGUUAUGACCCGAAUCUAUUUAUCACCGGUAUGAGCUCAGAGCAGUAUGCUGAGAUGUCCCAUUCGCUGUAUAAGCCGUUGUUCAAUCGCGCCAUUAAUGGUCAAUACGCGCCGGGUUCAACUUUCAAGCCUGUGGUGGGGCUUGCGGCUAUAGUUGAACGGGUAACCACCUGGGAAGACACCAUAGACGAUCACGGCUUUUUUAAACUGCCCAAUCAGGACCGAAUCUAUCGGGACUGGACUUGGAAGGUCAACAAUUCUGGUGGUCAGGGCACGGUAGAUCUGCAUCGCGCUAUAUACCGGUCCUCCAACGUUUUCUUUUACGAUAUGGCAACGCGCAUGCCGGUGGAACGGUUGGUUUCUUUUGCGCGGCAAUUUGGUUUUGGCAAGAAUCUGGCUUUUGAUAUCGCCGACGCGAGUGUCGGAUUAAUGCCGGAUCCGAUAUGGAAACGGGGUUAUAAAGGGGAAGUCUGGUAUCCAGGUGACUCGAUCAAUAUGGGUAUUGGUCAAGGUGACGUGCUGGUUACCCCGAUGCAGAUGGCGGUUGUGGCCUCAACGCUGGCAAAUCGUGGUGCCAUGGUGCGGCCUCGGUUGUUGUUGUCCAGUGAUGCACCACUGCCUGAAAUAGAUCCACCUCCGCCGCUGCCUCAAGUGGAAGGUCCGAGUCCGCAAGACUGGGAGAACAUGGUUGAUGCCAUGGAAGAUGUGGUGCACCGUGGUAACAAAGGGUUUCGUGGCAACGGCACAGCCUGGUUCUAUAUCGGGCAGGAUAUUUCUUACCGCAUGGCGGGAAAGUCCGGCACCGCACAGGUAAUCGAAAUUCCCCAGGGUGAGGAAUAUGACGCUGACCUGAUUGAGGAAUUUAAUCAGAAACAUGCGUGGUUUAUUGCUUUUGCGCCGGCUGACGAUCCGAAGAUUGCGCUGGCAGUACUGGUUGAAAACGGUGGGGGUGGUAGCGAGUUUGCGGCACCUAUCGCGCGUCAGGUAAUCGACGCCUACCUGCUGCCGCAAUUGGCGGCGCAGCUGGUUCGAUUGGUGCUGGCUUUUGCUGUACUGAUCGUGGCUGCGCAAUUGCCGCCACAGUUGUAUAUCCGCUGGGCGCCUGUGGUCUACCUGCUUGGCCUGGUAUUGCUGGUACUUGUGUUGCUGGUUGGCGUUACCGUCAAAGGCUCGCAACGCUGGUUAGACAUUCCCGGACUGAUUCGCUUCCAACCUUCGGAAUUGAUGAAAAUCGCUGUGCCCAUGGCUGUGGCCUGGUACUUCCACAGCCGCCCCUUGCCGCCGUCGUUUAAGGACGUUUGUGUUGCGCUUGCGAUAGUUGCCAUGCCUGCAGGGUUGAUCAUUAUGCAGCCUGAUCUGGGUACCGGUAUUUUAGUAGCUGGAGCGGGCCUUGCCGUGGUGUUGCUGGCGGGUUUGCCCUGGCGCUGGAUUUUGUAUGCGUUUCUGGCCUUUGCAGCUGCUGCGCCGGGAUUGUGGUACACCUUACAGGACUAUCAGCGUCAGCGAAUUCUGACACUCUUUGACCCCGAAAGUGAUCCGCUGGGGGCUGGCUGGAAUAUCAUUCAGUCAACUACCGCAAUUGGGUCUGGCGGUUUGUUUGGCAAAGGCCUGUUACAGGGCACCCAGAGUCACCUGGAGUUUUUGCCUGAAGCGCGGACUGAUUUUAUUAUCGCCGUUGUUGGUGAGGAGCUGGGUCUGGUUGGAGUAGUGGCGCUUCUGAUCCUUUAUCUGCUCUUGAUUGGUCGGGGCCUGUACAUGGCAGCCCAUGCGGAAAGCACGUUUGGCCGUCUGCUUUCAGGCGCGCUCAUCCUGACCUUUUUCGUCUACGUUUUUGUCAAUAUCGCUAUGGUGAGUGGAUUACUGCCCGUCGUCGGUGUGCCGCUGCCAUUGGUCAGCUAUGGUGGCACCUCUGCUAUCACGCUGAUGGCGAGUUUUGGAAUUCUUAUGGAGAGUUUUCCUCAGCCUUACGCUGAGCGUGCAGAUGUGGCCGCAUAUAUUUCAGAAUUGGCGGAGCAGCAUGGAUUUGCGGAGUCUGAGCUCAAGGCUUUGUUUGCCCGUGCGCAACAGCGCCAGGACAUUAUAGAGCGCAUCUCCCGUCCCGCGGAAAAGACCUGGUCAUGGGCCCGAUAUCGAAAGCUGUUAGUUGACGAAGCGCGCAUUGAGAAAGGCGUUGCGUUCUGGGCGGAUCAUGUCGAAACGUUGGCGCAGGCACAGCAGGUUUUUGGUGUCGAGCCGGAAUAUGUACUGGCGAUACUGGGUAUCGAAACCCGCUAUGGCGAAGUGAAAGGCAGUUUUCACGUGCUGGAUGCACUGGCGACUUUGGGUUUCGAUUAUCCACCCAGAGCCGAUUUUUUCCGCAGCGAGCUCACCCAGUUUCUGCUGCUGGCUCGUGAAGAAGGCAAAGAUCCCGCUGAAUUGCUUGGCUCUUACGCUGGCGCCAUGGGUUAUGGACAGUUCAUUUCCUCCAGCUACCGGCAUUAUGCCGUCGAUUUCGAUGAAGAUGGCGUCAGAGAUAUCUGGUCGAAUCCGGUUGAUGCGAUUGGCAGUAUUGCCAACUAUUUUGCGCAGCACAAAUGGCGUGCAGGUGAACUGGUCGCGCGUAAACUGAAUGUGUCUGCAGCUGAGGCGCAGCCAUGGCUGACAACGGGUUUGUCGCUACCCCAUGCCGUUGCUCAACUGGCAGCGAGCGGUUUGCCGGUGUCCGAACUGCCGGGCGAUGCCGAUGUGGCCCUGUACCGUAUGGAUGCGCAGGAGGGUGACGAAUACUGGCUGGAUGCAAUGAUCAGACAGAACAAGUUUUGGAUCGCCUCAGCUCUGGUAUGGCUGGCAAGCGGUUGCGCCUACACCGGUGGUGUCAAGAUCCCCGGUGCGCCCAAGCCGCAGCAGGAUACUGCGCCGCGCCUACCGCAUACUACGCUGGCACAAAUGCAGCAGCUUCCCGAUCCUCCGGUUCUUGAUGAGCCUCGCAGCAGGCGUGGUAAUGGUCCGGUGUAUACCGUUUGGGGUAAAUCCUAUCGUGUGAUGGAUUCCGCUGAGGGUUUUGUGCAGGAAGGCACCGCAUCCUGGUACGGGACAAAAUUCCACGGGCGCGAAACAUCCAGUGGUGAGGUUUACGAUAUUUAUCGUCUGACAGCUGCGCAUAAGCAUCUGCCGCUGCCCACGUAUGUGCGCGUGACCAAUUUAGCCAACGGCAAAGAGACCGUCGUGAAGGUGAAUGACCGCGGACCGUUCCAUGGUGAUCGCAUCAUUGAUUUGUCUUACGCGGCAGCGGUGAAGCUUGGCUUCCAUGAGCAUGGUACAAGCCGCGUCCGGGUUGAGGUGCUUGAGCCUGUUUCUGAACCUGAAACGUUUAUGGUGCAGGCAGGUGCUUUCAGUGAGUUUGACCGCGCCGAUCGAAGUCACCGAGAAUUGCAGGCGCUUACUGGCUUCAAGGGCGUCGUGGUGAAAAUGCCUUCGGAUGGCUUUUAUCGUGUCAGGCUGGGACCGGUCUCCGCUGAUGAUAUCCCACGCUUGCAAAAUCUUCUGCAGGCAGCUGCACCAAUUAUCCCGCCGCCACCGGAUAUCGCAGCCAGUUCCUACCUGCUGGUAGACGCGGCAUCGAAAAAGAUCAUGACCAGCUACCUGGUCGAGCAGGAAGUCUCGAGCCAGCGGAUAAACCUUGAAGACCAGGUGAUGAUCAGCGUUAACGCCUGGCGCACAGGAGGCUCAAAAACAUUUGUGCGUGAAGGCACAACAGCCUCGGUCGACGACCUGCUGAAAGGUAUUAUUAUUCAAUCAGGCAAUGACGCCAGUAUUGCUAUGGCUGAGCAUAUCGCCGGUAGCGAAGCGGCGUUUGCCAACAUGAUGAAUCAACAGGCUGCCGUUCUCGGCAUGAAAGACAGUCAUUUCACCAACUCAACGGGAUUGCCAGAUUCAGAACACUACAGCUCGGCAUGGGAUCAGGCUAUUUUGACCAUAGAUCUGAUUGAGCGUUUUCCUGAACACUACGAUCUGUAUUCCCAGCGCAGCUUCAGCUACAACGAUAUUGAUCAGCCGAAUAGAAACAAGCUGCUCUGGCGUGAUAAAUCUGUGGAUGGGGUGAAAACCGGUUACACCAAAGAGGCGGGCUAUUGCCUGGUUGCUUCCGCUGUACGCCAGGGCAUGCGCUUGGUCUCGGUAGUGAUGGGCACGGACAGCGAUCAGGCGCGCAUGCGUGAGAGUCAGAAGUUGCUGUCGUAUGGUUUCCGCUACUAUGAAACCCAGUCCCUGUAUGAAGCAGAUGUCAUGCUCAAAGAGCAGGAUAUUUAUUACGCUGAAGCUGACACCAUCAGUCUUGGAGUUGCCGAUGAUGUUGUGCUGACGUUCCCGCGCGGUUAUUACAAAGAUAUCGAAGCCGAGCUGGAAGUGCCCAAGGUGCUUGAGGCGCCGCUGAGCGCCGGUGAUGAGGUUGGGGAGCUCAAGCUGAAGUUGCAUGGCGAGAUCAUUUUUGAAGCACCAUUGAUCACUCUCGCCGAUGCCCCUGAAGCAGGUAUCUUCAGCCGCUUAGGUGAUUUCCUGACGUUGUUUUUCAAAGAGCUGUUGGUGAUCGGUGAAGUCAGUGACGAUGGCAUCGGUGAGAUUGUUGCCAUUGUUCGUCAGCAUGCCCCUGAAGUCACCCCUGAUCAGGAUAUGCAGGCUUUUACCGCGGCAAGGGAUGACAGUACCUCAGAUGAAAUCUGGCUGACCGAGCACCAUCCGGUUUUCACUCAGGGGCAGGCGGGCAAAGCCGAACACCUUUUGGCGCCCGGGAACAUUCCCGUUGUGCAAUCUGAUCGCGGUGGUCAGGUCACCUAUCACGGUCCAGGUCAGAUAACGGCCUACCUGAUGUUCGACCUUCGUCGUCUGGGCUUAGGGGUGCGUAAUCUCGUUACUGGUAUUGAAGAAGCCAUGGUGGAUACGCUGGCUGCAUACGAAAUCGAAGCCGCGCCGCGGGCAGAUGCACCCGGCGUUUACAUUGGCGAUGACAAAAUUGGUUCCCUGGGCUUAAGGGAUGUUCAACGUCAGCUGGUGGCGUCGCUGCUUAGCCAAUUCAAGCUUGAGGAGAGCAAACAGGACAGUUAA